UUUUUUUUCUGGUAGAUAAAUCACACCUUUUUUUAUAUUUUUUUCUCUCUUUUUCUCUUAUUUUUUUUAUUACCAUGUCAACUUCUUUAUCAAGCAUACUCAGUAAAUCAAAACAAGCGUUACUAAAACUCAAUAACUCAACCGAAGAUGGGGAUUAUUACUUUGAGAAAGGCAACAAUUAUUUAUUUGGCAGACAGGGCUACACUAUCGAUCCCUUCACUGCUGUCUACUAUUACAGAAAAGCCAUGAACAGUUUCUCACACACAAAAGCAGAAGGCACCAUUGGUUUCUGCUACGAGUUUGGCUUGGGUGUUCCUAAGGACUUUUGUCAAGCAGAAAAAUAUUACUUGUCAGCUGCACACAAAUCAAAUGAUGGACUCUCGAUGGCUCGCCUUGCUUUCUUGAGAAAAUACGGCCGACCCAAUGUCAAGAUUGAUCGAGUCGAAGCUGAAAUGUGGGCAGAAAAAGUCAAGGGCUGUCCGCAUGCUGUGGAUUGGAUCGUGGAAGCAGCCACGCAAGACCUCGAUCCCUGUGCUCAGUACGCUCUGGGUGUAUGUUAUCAUGAUGGUGUGGGCAUGCCUAAAGAUGAAAACGCUGCUUUUCGUUGGUACAAAGCAAGUGCAGAACAAGGCAACGCUCGUGGUCAAGGCAUCCUUGGGUACUGUUAUGGUGAAGGUUUUGGUGUAGAAAAAGAUGAACAGGUUGCUAUGCAUUGGUACCGAUUGGCCGCUGCACAAGGUGAGACAGUGGCUAUUUAUAACGUCGGCUAUUGUUAUGAAGACGGCAUCGGAGUCGAAAAAGAUGUCCAAGAGGCCGUCAAGUGGUAUACGCUCUCUGCUGAACAAGGCAAUGCAUUUGCCCAGAACUCGCUGGGGUAUUGUUAUGAAGAUGGGAUUGGUGUCCAGCAGGAUUUUGAAAAAGCAACCCACUGGUACAAAAAGUCUGCUUACCAGGGCUACCCCUGGGCUGAGUGUAAUUUAGGUUACUGCUAUCAGAACGGCAUUGGUGUAGAAAAGAACGAUGCUUUGGGCGCUCAUUGGUACAAAAAAGCUGCACUUCAAGGCCAUGCAAGAGCUCAACAUAACCUCGGCUUUUGUUAUCAAAAUGGUAUUGGUGUGAAUCGAAAUGAAGAAGAAGCUGUCAAGUGGUACAGACGAUCAGCAGAGAGAGGCAAUAUUUUUGCAUAUCAUUCAUUAGGCUAUUGCUAUCAGAACGGGAUUGGUGUGGAGGUCAAUGAACAAGAAGCUGUUUUUUGGUACUACCUUAGUGCUGAAGAAAAUCAUGCACCUGCCCAACUCUCUCUCGGCUAUUGUUAUCGUAAUGGAAUUGGCGUGCCUAAAAACGAACGUGAAGCUGUCAAGUGGUUUAGACAAAGUGCUGAACAAGGCAAUGCUCUGGCUCAAAACUCUCUUGGUUUUUGUUAUGAAGAAGGAUUAGGUGUCAAGAAAGAUGCAUCAAGGGCAGUGUAUUGGUAUCACAAAUCGGCACGUCAAAACAACCCAUGGGCCCAGUGUAACCUUGGGUUCUGUUAUGCAAAUGGUAUCGGUGUUGAACAACAUAAUUCAAAAGCAGUUUAUUGGUAUCGCCAAGCGGCUGCACAGAACCAUGCACGCGCACUUGAUAAGUUGGGCCUUCAUUUACAGUCUGGAUUAGGUGUGGAAAGAGAUUUAGACAUGGCCUUUCAUUUAUUUUCGCGUGCUGCUGAACAAGAUCAUGUUGCUGCUCAGUAUCAUUUGGCGAAUUGUUAUGAAAAGGGUUUGGGUGUCGCUGUUGACCUUCGUCAAGCCACCGUUUGGUUUGAACGUGCUGCUAUGGGUAAGUUUGAACUUAUUACGCUUUGAGUCUCAUUUUUUUUUUGUAGCUGGUUGCCGUAGUUCGCAUGAACGAUUAAGACGAUUGUUAGUGAGAGUGUGUUUGAUUUCACCUGGUUCCAUGCCAUCUUCUAUAAGUGAUGAUGAUUUGAUUUGUUCAGGAUUCAUCAGUGGACACAGUGCGCCGGCCGCAUAAUAGCCUGAUUAUUUAUAAAGGAGUCAUAUAUCUACUUAUUACAUAUCAUAUUCCCCUCUUCCUACUCCUCCUUCUCUUUGUCUAGUUUAUGCUAUACAUGAUUGUACUAAUAAACAAAAAAAAAAAAAGAAAUAGAAUAUGUGUAGUCUAUUUUUCUCCUUUUUUUUCAUAUUUAAUUAAAAUUGACAGCUUGAU